CAGGUGAAACGAGUGGUCGCCCAAGGAUGACGUCAGGGGGCGCCACUUGAGCGGCGCGCGGCGGCGGCCACUGCAGCGGCGCUUCCCCGGGGUUCGUGGUGACGUCACGGAGCGCGCCCUCUGAUCCCGUUUGCCCAGAUGGAGGCCUUUCCCGGCGUGACCUUUGACCUCGGAGACGCGUGGCCUUUCCCAGCCUGCCCCGGCCAAGCUGGCUGUGAUCUCUGACGCUUCGUGGCCACCGGUGGAAAAAUGCCCCGAGGCCUGGGAGAGCCGGCAGCUCCUCCGCCGCCGCCGCCACCCCCUCCUCCGCCCCCGCGUCCCCCCCAGCUACCCCUGAAAGCGGCGCUGGAGCAGGCAGGCCCCGGGGAGCGGGAAGACGUGCCGGAGCUCCUGAGGCGCAGGAAGGGCAGCUUCAGUGAGCAUUUCACAUGGCUGCUCUUCAACAACCCUGUGCCUUCUUUAAUCCAGGAGGGCCCCCAGUGUGGUCUGGUGGCCCUGUGGAUGGCAGGUGCGCUGCUCCAUCUGCCUGCUGCCGUUUCCUUGGAGAGGAUUGUGCAGGUGGCUUUGGAGAAAGGCUAUACAGCCCAAGGGGAAAUGUUCUCAGCUGCCGACAUGGCCAAGCUUGCCGAGGAGGUGUUCCCUUGCCAGACAGAGCUGCUUUCUGGAGGUCUGGAGGGGCAGAACCACGAGAGGAUCCUUCGACAUCUCAUGGCCGGCCUUCCUGUGCUGAUCCCCUACGAUGAGGACUCCAACCAUGAGCCCUGCCUCCGGAGUGGCUACAAGGCUCACUGGGCUGUCGCCUCAGGAGCUCUGCUUGGUCUGAAGGGCGGCCUGCAGCUGCCGGGCUGCCAGGCGGACAAGGAGAUCCCCGGGCUCUUCCACGCCGGCCCGGCCCUCUCCGGCCUCUCCCUGGAGGCUGUGGCUGAGACGUACCUGCUCUCCAAGCAGGGCAAGAGCUGCCGCUACCAGCUGUGGAGCUACUGCCAGGUGCAAGAGAGCAACGCGCAGCUGACGGACUUCAGCCCCAAGCGGGCAGCGGACGGCAAGGUCUACAUUGUGCCAGCGGGGGGCGUGCAGGAGGGGCUGUGUGGAAAGGCUGUGCUGCUGCACCCAGCCGCCCCGGGGGACUCCUGCCACUGAGCUGGCUGGGCCCAAGCCUUUUCUCUGCCGGAGCAUCAUGGGCUCUAGAAGGAAAUGGACACACUCCUGGAGGAAGCAUUUGGCUGUGAGGCCAGUGAAACAGCAUCUCCGUCUCUGGGGGCAGCUGCUGAAGAGGCCUCGGGCUGGCCAGUCGGGGAAGCAGGAGCCCAGACUAGAUGGACUUACCCUGGUCCGAUCUGGCAGCUGGGCUUUUCUGCUGUUCUUAGCCAUGAUGGCUAAAUGGAACCUCCAUGUUCAGAGGCAGUAUACCACUGACUACCCAUUGUUGGGGUCGGGAGAGGCAGACGAGGUGGGGAAGCACUCUGGCCUUGAAUGCCUGGCUUGUGGCUCCCUGGGGGGCACCUGGUGGGUCACGUGGUGGGGCAGGAAGCUGGGUGCUCCUAGGUGGAGCCACCUUGUUUGGAUCCAGCAGCCAGGCUCUUCGGAGGGUGUGCUUCUUUGCAGGACAGUUUGUACUCUUACACACUCCAAAGAUCAAGCCCGGGGCUCUGAGGAAGUGCAUUCUUUAAUGCAGAAUAAAUCUGCCCGAGCCAUCAAAAGGCCCUUUCCCCGCC